CUUCACGACAUCUAUUUUUUAUGGGAAACACCGUCGGCAUUUCAGCAUAAACCGAAACGGAAACUCUAAGCGAUACUUUUGACCACUUUUAAACAUAUCUCUAUCGACGUCUACAUUGAAUGAAUACUUUGUUAUUCAAAAUAUCCAAAUCACUUGUUUAUAACUCUAAAACUUGUUUACAAUUAUCAAAAUCUUCAUUAUUGUGCUCUAGUUCUAAUUAUUUGGACCGGGUGGUGUCGAGGUUCUUUUCACCACUGACAAAAGUUAAGACAGUCGAAUUCAACAGGAAAUAUUUGCCGAACUUAAUUAUUAGCCGCAGGGUUACCGGUUCAAUCAUGCCAGCUAAAGAACCAUUUCAACGUCUUCCAGCAAAUGUUAAAGCUGUGAACUACGAUAUUCAGCUGAAACCAAAUUUGAAAUCCUUUGUGUUUGAAGGAUUGGAGUCAGUCAGUGUAGAGAUCACUUCACCGACAACAACUGUGACCUUGAACAGUAUAGAAAUAGAUAUCAGCUCUGUAUCAUACCUGGCGGAGGGCGAGACCAAUGAACUUGUUGGUACAGUGGCGUAUAAGAAGGAAAAUGAAACGGCAACAUUCACUUUUCCUAGUGAACUUAAGCCUGUUAUAUCCGAGUCUGUGGACCCCGCCCAUCAUAACCAUAAAGUAUUGAGGUACGGCAAAUCACCGAUCAUGUCAACCUACCUGCUGGCAUUUGUUGUCGGAGAGUUUGAUUUUGUGGAGGGCACGGAUGUGAAUGGUGUGAAGAUAAGGGUGUACACACCUGUAGGCAAGAAAGAACAAGGACAGUUUGCACUUGAUGUAGCUGUGAAGACACUUCCUUUCUAUAAGAAUUACUUCAACAUCGCAUAUCCGUUACCAAAAAUAGACCUUAUUGCCAUAGCUGAUUUCUCCGCAGGUGCCCAUGCUGAGAACUGGGGACUCGUCACUUUACAGGGAAACCAGCCCUUGUUGAUCGACCCAUCAGAAUUCCGCUCCUCAAAAACAAAACCAAUGGUUGCCCUCGUUGUUCGAGAACAUGAACUGGCUCAUAAGUGUUCUGGCAACUUGGUUACCAUGGAAUGGUGGACUCAUUUGUGGCUGAAUGAAGGAUUUGCUUCAUGGAUAGAGUAUCUCUGCGUUGAUCAUUGUUUCCCGGAGUUCGAUAUCUGGACGCAGUUUGUUAACCAGGAUCUAGGUCGUGCCCUAGAGCUUGAUGCUUUACAUACAAGUCAUCCAAUAGAGGUACCAGUGGGAGGUCCGCGGACGAGGUGGAAGAAUAUAUUUGACGCUAUACUCUUACAGCAAGGGAGCCUCGGUCAUCGGAAUGCUUCCAUAAUAAUCGGAGAUGCAGAUUUCAGGAAGGGCAUGAAUAGUUAUUUGAACAAGUUUGCAUACAAGAAUACAUUUACUGAGGAUCUAUGGGCUUCACUAGAAGAGGCUAGUGGUAAACCUGUAGGUAAAGUAAUGACAACAUGGACAAAACAGAUGGGCUUCCCAGUGAUAAAGGUAUCCGAGUUACAGGAAGGAACUAAAAGAAUAUUACAGAUUUCACAGGAGAAAUUUAAUGCGGAUGGCAAAACGAAAGAAGGAGAAAGUUCACAGUGGUUGGUUCCCAUCACAGUGUGCACAUCCAAAAGUCCUGAGGUACCAGUAAAAACAGAACUGAUGGAGGACGCUAAGAUGACUAUCGUACUGGAUGAUGUUGCGCCAGACACGUGGGUCAAGUUGAACGCAGGUUCUGUUGGUGUAUACCGUGUACAGUACUCGUCAGAGAUGUUGGCGAGGUUUGUGCCCGCAGUCAGAGACAAGGCAUUGCCUCCGAGAGACCGACUUGGUCUGCAGAAUGACCUUUUUGCACUUGCUAGAGCAGGACUGGCCUCGUCGGUGGACGUACUGAAGGUCGCGGAAGGUUAUAUCAAUGAAGAUAACUACACAGUGUGGUCUGACCUCACCAUGAACCUCUCCACUAUUUCUAAUAUGAUUCAAUACACUGAUGCUGAAAGUAACUACAAACAGUUCACGAGAAAUCUGUACGGACCUGUGGCUAAAAACCUAGGCUGGGAAGCUAAACCUGAUGAAGGUGUGUUGACAGCAAUGUUACGUGACCUUGUAUUACUUGUCAUGGGUCGUAGUGGUGACCCAGAUGUUGUUGCCGAGGCAACCAAGCGAUUUGAAGCUCAUUGUGCAGGCACUAGUAAAAUACCAGCAGACCUCCGGGCUACAGUAUAUGCAACAGUAUUAACAAAUGGCACAGAGGAAACUUAUGAUAAAAUGCUCAAGUUGUAUGACAGUGCUGACAUGCAGGAAGAGAAGGUCAGGAUCAGCAGACUACUUGGAAAAGUGAAAUCUGAAGCCCUCAUCAAACGUACACUGGACUUUGCCUUAUCUGACAAGGUAAGGUCUCAGGACACAGUUUUUGUGAUUGCUGGAGUAACAGGAUCAGUGCUAGGGAGAGAUUUGGGUUGGAAUUUUGUCAAAGACAACUGGACAGAGCUGCACAAUAGAUACCAAGGUGGAUUUUUAUUAUCCAGGCUUACAAAGUGUAUGACAGAGAACUUUGUUACAGAAGAAAAGGCUGGAGAAGUGGAGGCAUUUUUUAAAGCAAACCCAGCUCCAGCUGCCGAACGAAGCAUACAACAAGCCGUGGAAAAUGUCCGUCUGAAUGCCCAGUGGAUGAAGAAUGAAUCCGAAAAAGUGAUGGCUUUCUUAAAAGACCGUCCGUCAGCCUAAAUGUGUUCCUCGGUCUAGAUGUGGCACAAGAACACAUUUUCGAGACUUUGAAUAUGAUAUCAUAUAAUGAUGUGUUUCAUCAUGUUUGAAAAAUUUUGAGUUCGAAUUUUGAAUGAUCAACCAGAGGACCAAUUUAUAUUGUACUCAAAUGAGUAAAUGAUAGACUAAAAUGUUUAAAAUUAUGAAAUAUGUGUUAUUUAAAGCUGCAUGCCUCCAAAUAAGCCGAAAUAUUUCAAGACAGUUAAACUUGAGAAAAAUGUAUGAAGAUUUUUUGAAAAGUAAAAAGAUUCAAGAUUGAAGUAAUAGUUUAUGUGUUAUGUGCUAUAAAACACUGAUUUUGUUGUAUUUUUUGCCAUAUUUCUACUAUGUGACCAAUGCAGUAAGUGCUAUUUUUUAUGUAUUUUGACCUAUUUCUAACAAUUAACAAUAAUUGUAAGUGCCCUUAUAGUGUGUAAAUUUUUUUCUUUGUUCACUUCACAAUAUUCAAUUUUUAAACACAUUUUUCAAUUUUUUGUGAAAUUCAAAUUUAUCUUGAGGCAUGCUGCUUUGAUAAUUGACGUGAGUUUAUUAAGCUUUAAGUGCUAAAUAUAUUAAUAUACUGUUUACAAAAAUUAUAGAAAAUGAUUAACAUAUAAAUGGAAGUAUUAAUUUCUUGAAUGAUUAUGAUUUACAUAUAAAUGAAAGUAUUAAUUUCUUGAAUGAUUAAAUAUCUGCUUAAAUCAAUAAUGGCACCAUUUAACCAUUGAAAUUCUUAUUUCAAUGUUUUUA